GUCGGAUCGUGUUACAUGUUUCACGAGUGAGGAAGGCUUUUGCACGUUUUUAGAGGAUGACAAAAUUGGUGUAAUUCUUUGGAAUUCUCACUGUACUGCAGUAUGAACUUUGGAACACUAUUCAAAUAGUUCUGCUUAAACCGCAGGAUAAAGUCGAACAAUCACGAUGGCGGAGCCUCAUAAGCCAGACACAACGAUAAAAUCUGAGUUUUCUUUUCGUAGUUUAAAAUUGGCAACGUCUAGGAUGCGUGAUGUAGCCUAUCUCGAAGGGCCAGACACAACGAUGGAACCUCAGUCACCUGUACGUGUAAGGCGAGUUUUCGCACAGUCUAUGGGCUUUGAAAGACUCCCCGUAACCGAAGCUGACAUGAGCUCUAGUUCUUUUCAAUCAGGGCCAGACACAAUGAUGGAACCUCAGUCAUAUCAUUGGCCAAGUUACUCAGUGCUUAAGUGGCAUGAUUGGACUGAAAGACUCAGAGAAAGAGACCCAGCAUGGCAGGAGAUGGUAUUUCAGUAUAAGGAGUCAAUCAAACGGAAAUAUGAGCAUAUGAAUGAGAGGAGUUUCCUCUCUGGUGAAAGAGUCUCACUGGCUGCCCUCUACACUGAACCUGUGAUUAUUCAGAAAAAUAAAAAAGGCAGUUUUCGGAAUAUCAGUGUGGAGGAGUUGUUUAAUAAGUCAGACAUACAUCUGCGUUAUCCAAGUAAUGUAUCCAACAUUCUCCAAGGAAAUUCUGGUAGUGGAAAAUCUUUCUUAGUGCAAAAGAUUAUUUUGGACUGGGCAUUUGAACAACAUUACCUUAAAGAAUUUGAUCUAGUUUUCUGUCUGAGGUGUGAAGAGCUGAAGUGUAUUUCUGAGGAGAUGAACUUGAUUGAGCUCCUGAGCUGGAAUUGUGGUUUAUCGUCAGAUCAGAUUUCAGAGAUGUUACAGAACUCAUCACAGAGAGUGCUCUUCAUCAUUGACGGACUUGAUGAUCUUGAUGAGCUUAGAUUCAUGUGUGAUGAAUUUUGCAUAUCAUCCAAAUUCCAGAGAGCCCCACCUGAGGUCAUUGUUUGUUCCUUGCUUCGUCAACAAAUCCUGCACAGAUAUGUUUUGCUUAUCACUACUAGAACUGAGGUCUCAAAGAGGAUAUUGCUUAUAGGACAACAACGUUUCUCUAGGAUAGUAGGUUUCUCUGAGAAGGGGGUGGAGGAGUACUUCCAGAAGUUCUUCCAGAAUGAGGAACUCUUCAGGAAAGCCUAUGAAUGUGUGAGAGUAAAUGAAACUCUCAUCACUGCCUGCUCCAUCCCUGUCAUCUGCUGGAUCAUCUGCAUGGUUAUGCGAGAGAGGUUCAGUAAUUGUGCAGAUAUGAUGAGCGGACUGGAAACCACCACCUCUAUCUACGUUGACUUUGUGUCCACUCUACUGGAGCAUCACUGCCAGGGUUUGAGUCAGUGUGUCCCGAGCCUGCUGAGGAGUCUGGGUCAGCUGGCAGAAAGAGGGAUGCUGGAACAACAAGUCUUGUUUGAUGAAAAAACUGUUUAUGACACAAUUUCAGACCCUGCUGGCAAUCCAUUCCUGCGCAAGUUCCUCUUAAAGAGAAAAAUCCACCAGGAGACAAUGUUCAGUUUCAUGCAUCUCAGCUUUCAGGAGUUCUUCACUGCUCUCUACUAUGUCCUUCUGGAUGAAGAAGAGUCUCAGAGGAAAGUGAGAGAGCUGCUUCACACUGUAGAGAGAGGAUGGGCUUUGUCCUGUUGGUCUGAUAGAGACUUUUCGAAGGCAAAUUUAGAAAUAAGCAUGUCAAAGCUGCUGCAGCCUGUGAUUCUGUUCCUCUGUGGUCUCUGUAAGAAAGAAUGGAUCUCCUCAUUCAUUGAAAAGCAUAACAUGACCGUCUCUGUCAACCUAGAAACCCAGCUUAAGGAAUGGAUCAAUCAGUGUUCACAGAGAUAUCAAAAUGAACACGUGCUAUUCAUUCUCCAUUGUCUCUAUGAGCUUCAUGAGAAGAGCUUCAUUGGAAAAGUUUUGGAACAGUUGGCUUCAAUAGAUCUGUCAAAUAUUCUACUGAAAAAUGCGGACUGCUGGAUGCUGCGGUUUUGUUUUCAGAACUGUGUUAACAUUGGCAAACUGAGACUCAGUUUAACAUCUGACAAUCUGAAGAUUCUUCAGUCUGCACUGUGCACUUGUGAAGAGUUGUGGUUGAAAGUGGAUCACAUUACAGAUGAUACUGGGGAUUUGAUCUCAGCUCUUGGUGAAGGAAAGAUUGUGAAAGAACUGAUAAUACAGGAUCAAAAAUCUUCAAAAGCUUCUCACAAAAAAAGGAUCAAAAGCUUCUGCCAAGAGAUUAUUGCAUCAGUUAAAGAUGAAGACGUCAUGCUCUGUUUUCGGUUUUCAGUUUCCAGCUCUAAAAUAAGACCAUCAUCGUUAAUCUCAGAAUUAACUCUCACCUGUUCACGCCCAGAGGUUUCCACUGUCAACUGGAGAAUCUUCCUGCAGAAACUCCAGAGGUUACCCAGCUCUCAAGUUUCAUCAGCGGAGGGGUUUUUCCUUCUGGAUGUCCUGCACUCUGUGUCUGGUUUAAAGAAAGUCCAUUUGCAGAUAGACGAAUUGACUGUCGGAUGGAUUCCCACAAUCCUCUCGCUUGUCCAGGCCUUUCCCAGUCUGAACGAACUCCGGACAAAUUCCGCAGUUUCCUUUAUCCCAUUUAACAUAAAACAGUCUCUGGUGGAAUCACUGACGCAGACAGGUUGGACCCUGACUGUCUGGAGGAAGUCAGUGUUGAUUGAGCGAGACAGGAAGAGUUUCACCGAGGAGGACUUGAAGACAAUAAAGACAGAAAAUACAGAGAGUAAAAGAGCUGAAUCAUCUUCAGGACAAUCAUCCUCAGGUUAUGCAGAAGUGUUCACACCUGAAUGUGUUCAGCAAGAUGAUGAGGACAAACACAAGACUAUAUACAGGUUUGUGUGUCCACAUGCUGGUCAGUUUCAGUGCAGUCUGACCAGCCUUGUGUUUGUGAUGGAGGGUGAAGGAGAGGUGCUGUAUAACAUUGUCUCAUGGGAUCCUGGUAUGGAUCAGUUGCGGCCUGCAGGACCCUUGUACAACAUUGACUGUUCUGCAGGUUCAGUCUCACAACUACACUUUCAACACUGUGUGAUAUUCUCUGAAGAAAAUAAGGACUGUUUGGCUGUAGCACAUUUCACUGGUGGUAAUGUAGAAAUAAUACAGCCACUCAAAGUGUCAGAAACUCAUGUGAUCAUUGACAUCAGAGACCUCAGCAAUUUUGGGCUCAUCUGGAUUAAAACAAUAUUUGGCUUCCCCAUUAAUGGCCAGGUUUUGCUCUUUCUUCGACCUGUAACUGUUGAGCAGAAAAUACUUACUGUCCACUUGCUUCCAGGGAAUGUUCCAGUAUCAGAGGUCCAGCGCUGGCACCUGGAUAAAAAAUACAUUGAGACAAGUUCAAAAUGUCAUCUGUUUCCUGACAGAGAAUACAGUCUCUGUUGUCAGCCAGAGGAUUGUGAAGUGCAACCAGUGAGUGAGAUGUUUGAGCUUGAUAAUUUUGGCCCAAACUAUCAUCCCACGUUUGAAGUGUUUUUGGAUGUCAACAUUGAGGAGGUCAGAUUGGGUGUUUUGGACAAAACUCGAGAUGGGAAGGAAGUGUGGAAAAGACGCCGAAUCCUUCUUACAGUAGCACCAAGUAAAGGUGUAGAACUUCCUGCGCACAGAAGGAUCCCAGAAACUGAAUUUGUAAACGCACACAGAGAUAAACUCAUUGAGAGAGUUUCAUCAGUGAUGGCAAUUGCUGACAGUUUGAAGAGCAAAGACAUGAUUAAUGGAGAAAUGUACAGUAAAGUUCGUGCUGCAGCACUACGAGAGGAGAAAAUGAGACUCUUGUUGGAUGCUCUUGACUCUGGAGGAGCUGCUGUAAAAGCAGAAUUCUGCAGACUGCUGAAGAAGAAGGAGCAUUAUCUUGUAAAUGAACUGGGGCCUCAUUUAUAAAAACAGAUUUGAUCUUAGAGUGUGCAGAAAAUCCACUCAGAAUCAGAAAAAACUUCUUUGACGUGUUCACAAAAACAUCUGACUGGCUGUACAAUGUCACAAUUCUGAAAUAUUCCUUCAUUUGUUAUGCAUGUUGAUUGUGUCGAUGUAAAUUUUUGUUAAAAAAUUUGAGUUAUGUACUGUAUGAUGUUGUUACUGUUUGACCAUGAGUCAGUAUGAAAGAUGUUUUUAUUUUAUAAUACUGUGAAAUAAUAACCACAUACAAUUAAAAAAACAUUUUUGUGAACGUUGCUGUGGGGAAAAAGCACAUGGGUCAUUUUUUUCUUUUCUAUUUUACAUUUUGACAGAUGAAUAAAACAUAAAUGAAAUAAAGUUAAUCAUAAACAAAUGAAGUACAGGUCUUUUUUUAACAGGAGCAUGAGGAAAUGGAUCUCAAGAGUCACUCGGAAACAUGCUCACAUUCACACAAUAUAAACACAGUAUUGCACAUUCAUUCCCUCAUCUUUCCGUCUCUGAUACAUGAAUUUGAUUCUUCAAAUUCAUUGUCCACUCGUCAUACAUAACGGUGCCAAAUAAGUCUCGGUCAUUAAGAUAUCUAACACUGAUAAUGAAAACCCAUCUUGUAAAUGUGCGGCUACAAAGAGAGUGGCUCCUAUAACUAAUUCACUGUAAAUGUCUAUGUAUUUAAAAAAUUAGCCGCUAAUUUGUUGAACCAAAAUGUAUUGAUCAUUGCAUAUUUUGAAUGUUCAAAAAUGUUUAAUAUAGACCAAGGGUCAUGUAAAUUUCAGUAGAUUAAACCUAAAUCAAGCCAGAUUUAAACUCAACAGCAGAAACAUCUGCACAAAUUUAGCUUUACUGCAGAGCAGAAAGGUUUUUGAGCUCAUAAUAAAAGCCCUUCUUUAUUUUGCAUAAAAGAGAUUUUACAGAAACUCAGGACUUGAAUGAUUAAAUUGCUUCCAUUUUAGUAUUAUUUUUAAACUUUGCUCUUGUGAUCUGAUUCAUCAUCCCUUUACAGAAUUUAGACAAAUGUGCAAAUCAUG